AUGAUCUAUACAUCUCUUUCGCUCGUCAAUCCUCGCCGAUUUGUAUGGAUAGGGCCAGACCCCCCGCACCAUUUUUCCAUCGCCAUUGUUCCACAAGCAAUUCCCUAUCUAUUCCGUGCCCUCUCAGAGCACACGAAUCUUACCGAACUCAAACUGACACACAUCAAUAUGUCGUCGGUUCAUACCAGCAUCCGACUACCUGUCAUACCCUCUCUUCGCUCGCUCUAUCUUGGCCAAGCUAUCUUUCUCCAUCCAUUUGUUGUCGCAUCUCUGAUUCUCGACCCAUCUUUGAGUCUUGAAAAGGUUCAUUUAGUUGAUGCUUAUAGAGGUAGUAUCUGGGGAUUACGUCUCCGCCGUUCAGACAUCGAAUCAUAUGCGACUGGUUUCCCAUCUCAAACUGAUUUUGACCCAGGCCAACUGGGUAACACCUCUACGGAGAUGUACCACCACAACCUAUCAAUUAUUCGUAGAAUUGUGGUCUGCGAAGCUAGGACGGAACGUAUCAUGGGAGGCGAUCGUGUCGAAGAAAAUGCUAUUCUAAUAUAA